AUGCCACAUGCAGGAAGUGGUGAUAGAAUGCAGACCAAACUGAGCACCUGGACGCCCUUGAACCACUCGCCUUCCAACAUUAAGCUUUUUGAAGAGCGACGGCGCCUCCUGGCCAAGUGGUUUGACAGGUGGUCUGACAGCCAGAGGAGGCUGGUGCUGCAAGACUUCAUCAAGGGCUGCUCUCGGGAGCUGCUCGCGUUUGUGAGCCUGAGCGUGAGCACACGGCUCCCUCUGGUGGCUGCAGACUUCACCUGCCUGCUGCCCAGAACCGUCUGUCUCUACAUGUUCUCCUUCCUGGACCCACGUAGCCUCUGUCGCUGUGCCCAGGUGAGCUGGCACUGGAAAAGCAUUGUGGAAUUGGACCGGUUGUGGAUGCCCAAGUGUCUGAGACUAGGCUGGUGUAUCGGCUUCUCCCCCACGGUGUUUGAAGAGGGCGUGUGGAAGAGACACUACAUCCAGACUGCGAAGGAGAUGCUGCUGAUCCCGAUAAAAAAGGUCUGGAAGAGAGGCAAGUCGCUUCCGAAUAAGAUCGGAAUUUUAAUACCCGCUUCCGGCAGACGGCGGUUUCGGACGCGGCACCCGUUGGUAAAUACGAUGACAAGUCAACAUCCGCAACAAGAAGGUGGAAGAGUGGAAAAGAAGCGUCCGACUGUGCCUCCGCCUUGGAGAGACUCAGACAGAUGUCCCAAGGACACGGUGCGCUUCAACUACCUGGACAACAUGGACGCCGUCGGGCAAGGCAUUGUGGUGCCAACAAAGAGCAGAUCAAGCACCUGUAGCAGCAGAACUGACAAGGGGGACGACGGGAGACCGAAGACGCUGUCUGACACCAAGUACAAACUACGCAAAGCUAAAUCUCUGAUGUUCCUCACUUCAAACUUCAACACCCACCCCCCUCCUCCUCCUCCCCGGCCCCAGUGGGCGUCUCACGGUCAAGGCUACCCCGUCACCAAGGAGGCGGGUCAGAACCUGCUGGGGAUGGCUCGGUGGAAUGCCGGGAAGCGUCCGGGCCCGGUGAGAACGGCGGUACCCAGGCUGAGUGCGGAGGCCCUCAGGGCAUCGCAGCGUUCAAACAGGAGCGUUCCCAGUGCACCCCUGUUUGAAUUUCAGCCUUGGACUACUCCGUUAACACUCACACAACACGUGGAUUGA